AUGCUUAUUGAGAAGAUCAGCGACAUAUCCGGGAAACUUCAGUCCAUAUUAGCUCCUGCAGGACUGCCAGAGACUCCGCAGACACCUGAAACAGACUGGUAUCUAAGCAUAAAUCGUGAUUCCACCAUGAUCACAGAGCAUUGUCAGUACCUCACUAGCCGCAUAUCUCACAUGUUACUUAGGGCCGAUGACCUCAAGGCUAGAUGCUCGGCCCAACUUUUUGUGCUUUCCAACUUUACGAACGUUAAAGAGAGCCAUGUGAGCCAAAAGAUAGCUACAGAGUCCCAGAAGGUAGCCGAAGAUUCGAAGAAAGUGGCCGAUGAUUCGAAACUCAUCGCAGCAGACACCAAGAAGGAUAACGCUCUUCUCUUCUCCAAUGUUUAA